AUGAGCAAUCCGUGUUUCAAAAAUCAGUCUAGGAUAAAAUCAUCAACAUCGCGGCGGAGGUCUCUAUUGAUUGGGUGUAUAUUCAUCAUGACUGUAAUUUUGUGUUUAUUGCCGAGUGGUAUUUGGUCGGAGUUUAAUGAAGAUAGCUAUACGAGAAUGAUUGAUAAAUUUGGAUACUUGAAGAGUGUUAUUACGUCGAAAAGGAAACCAAUUCAUCAUCAUCACUAUGAUAAUUCUAUUGAGGAAAUAUUCGAUACAAUUUAUUUACGAAAUAAUGAAACUCUUGAUUAUGGUGUUGUGGUAGUUAUUGAUAAGUUGGGAAAGGUUAUAUUUAAGAAAGCUUACGGAACUCGAGAGCCAACAAUUGUUGGUGCAAAAAGAAAUAUGAAAGAUCCUCUUGAUGAUAUUUUCCCAAUAUCAGAAGUGUCAGCAACUUUUACUGCUGCCACAAGUGUGCAGCUUUAUGAAAUGGGAAUUCUGGAAAAUUUGUCAACUACUCAAGCUAAUGUAUAUUUACCAGAUCCUUUGAAAAUCAAAAAGGAUAUUAUCGGAGAUUAUUCUUCUACACUUGACCUACCUGUAAAGAUUAGUAGUGAUAAUGUUACUUUAGGAUCACUGCUUACCCACACUACUGGGUUUGAUAGCCGAGUUGUUGGAUCAUGCUCUCGAGUUGAUGAUUCAUCUGAAAAAAACGAGCCAGAACACUUUUUGAAAAAGUAUCUGGAAAUAAUGGACGUUCCUCGUAUUAGAAGAUAUGAUUUUGUUUCAUCAUUUUCACAUAUAGGAUAUACCAUGUUAGCUUUAAUUAUUGAACGAGUGACAGGACAAUCAAUGAAACACAAUUUGGAAAAUCAUAUUUUCAAACCUUUGAAUAUGUCCAGCACUUUUGAUAGGUACAAGAAGAAUAUUUUUGAUUCAGAAAACCUUGUACUGCCAUUCCUUUCUGAAACAAAUGACAAGGAAGAAAUUUAUGGCAGAAUCUACGAUGACUAUUGCUGGUAUACUCCAGCAUUUUCUUCUUCUGUGGGAAUGUACUCUACUCCAAGAGAUAUGGCCAAGUGGGCUCUUACUCAUUUGAAUUAUGGAGAAAUAAUUCCAUCAGAACUCGAUCCACAUGUUGAGAGAAAAAGAAUAUUCUCAAAGGAAAGUGCUGAACUAAUGUACAGUGAACAUUUCAGCUCUCAUCCAAACUGUUCCAUCACCACUGGUUAUGGAUGGAAUAUUGAAAAGAAAUCGGAUGUAAAGUACAUUACAGCACACGGUUCUUUCAUGCAUCCAUUUUUCUCUAGGUUGGCUGUUUUCCAUGAACAAGGUCUUGGUAUUGCAAUUUUGGGAAGAGGAAAAGAUAUCAGGUGGGAUUUGGGAUUUGAUUUAUUUGUUGAUAGAUAUGUCGAUAGAGUUCCUUGCAGUAUGAGAAAAUCUCCUUUGAAUACUACCUAUGUGGAUAAUGAUCUUGGAAUUUGUGCAUUCACAAUGAAAAUUAGUUCACUUCCAAAAUUUUCUGAAGAGUACAAUUACAUUACCAAGUACAGUGGUUGCUAUGUAAUGCACGAAUAUGAACAUACUACAUGGCUUAAAUUCAGGAAGGAAUUCCAAAAGAAGAUUUGUGUUUCUGUCGAAGACAAUCACCUCUAUAUUUCCACAGGAGAGAGGGGAAUUCAGCUUGUGGCUUUGGAAAUGCCAGGAAGAACUCUUGAAAAUGAUCCUCUAUUUAUUGCUGGUAUCAAAUAUGAUGACGAGGUAUUAAUUGUCGAUGGAUUUUCUGAUAUUUCUUUCGAGUUCAAUGAGGGAGAUGAAUCAGCAUCGUACAUUACUCUUGCUUCUGUACCUUUUGAACGAGCCACACCAGUUAACUUUUACGCAUUAUUGCUUACUCUUGGAUUUUCAUUUCUCAUUUGCUUUUCAUUCUCAUUGUUGCACUUGUCGUUCUGUAUCCAUACAUGGAGAGAGCAUAAUGCAAUGUAUUCCAAGAGAAAGGCAUCAAUUUUAAUUAAUCGAGUUGCCUCACUUCAAAGACCAAUUGGUCCACUUUCUUCUUCGACUGGAUCAAUCACUAUUCAAGACUCUGAUACCAACAUUGUUGGUGUGGAUGAAGAAGGUAGACAAUUAUUGUACUCUUAUGGAGAUGAUGAAGAGGCAAUGAAUGGAUCUGAACCAACAACUACUGUCAAAUCAAGUAAGAUACACAAAUUUAUCAAGAUCAAAUCCAUUGUUGAUACUAUUGCUAUCUUAUUAAUGUCGUGUACUACAUUGAAUAAUUCAUUGGCACUUAUUGGAAUUAUAAUGAAUUAUUCAUUAUUCAAUCAGACCAAAUUAUUCCCACAAGAGCAAUUUGGCAUUCAAUUUUUCCUUCUUGAAUGUCAACUGGCAGUGGUAUUUGAUUUUGCUAUUGUUCUUGCUCUUUUGGCUUUGUUUGUCGUUCAAAUGACUCAUCCAAAGGGUAAGAGCAGAAGAGUUUGGCUUUGGGUUGUAAUGUAUGCUGUUUCAACCUUCAUCCAUUUAGUUUGGCUUGCAUUUUGCAUUUACUUUAAUUGGUUUGGUCCUGAUUAUCAAACAAUUUAA